AUGCCGUCUGAACACAAAACCUUACAUAAAAUUUUAAACUUGUUCAGACAUCGUCAUUCUGAUAAGGAUUCAUCCAAACCCAAACUGGAUCCAAUUGUUAAGGUUGAUGCAACGGUACAACCUGGUAAACCACCCCAGCUGAAAGUACCAACUUCGAAGCUGAGGGACAGCAGCAAUCAUAAAAAGUUGAAACAGCAAAGGAAUAAUGAACCAACUACCCCGCCUCUCAAUCCUGAAACUGAACAUUUGAAUCAGGAAUUGAUCACUUCUACACCACGUAAACUAACCAAGAAAGGUCAAGAGGUUGAAACCAUUGCUGAAAAUUCUAUGGGCCGUGUAAUUGCAACCCCUCCAAAACUUUACGUGCAACCAAUUGGAAAGAAGCCACCUCCUGCUGAACCAUUGAUUCCUGAAACCCAGUUGACUCCAGGUACCACUCUGGAUACACUUCAAGGGUCAAAGGAUUUGAAACUUGAUAGUGAUGAGAUUGUGAAGCCAUCUAAAGAUGUUACUGUGGAGUCUCCAAGUGUUGACGCUACCAAGUUAGACUCUACAAAAGAGCACGCCACAAAUAUUGGCGGUGCGGCUGCUGCUACAGGUGCUGCUACAGGUGCUGCAAUUCUUGGUGGCACCGCAUUAGCUUCUUCUAAAGAUAACAAGAAAGACUUGGAACCGGCUGAAGUUGAUUCAGAAAAACCAAUUAUUACCACCACCAACCAAUUACAUCCCGAAUCCAGUAUUGGAGUACCUGAAUAUGCCGCUUCUUCAAAUUAUGAUACUUCAGUAAAUGCUUCUCUGAGUAGAGUAACUGAAACCCCUCGUGAUGAACGUGAACUUGAACACCAGAUUAAAUCGUCACAGUUGGCUCGAAAGCAAUUGGGUGAAGAUCCAGCUAAUGCUUCCAUUUUGACUAUGCAUAAUCAACCUAUUGAUAUUCCCAAACUUGAUGAUGUUGGUGAUGAAUCGACUGGUUUCGUUACUCCCAAGUCUGGACAAUUAACUACUGACGUUGAUGAUAUCGGCGAUGAGUCUCCUGUUUUCAUUACUCCUAAGACCGAUCAUUCGACUAGCUCGGAAAACGAUACAUCUACUGGCUCUGGAGCUAGUACCGGUAUUGCUGUCGGUGGCGUUUUUGCAACUGCUGCUGGGUUCUUUGGAUUAAAGCGUAACCAUAAUAAAGAUCAAGAUAUUCCUGAAGUUAAAGACAUUGAUGAACCAAAUGUGAACCUUGACUCUGAUAUUGACAGUCCCAAGCUUGCUGAUAAGCACAUGAAUGUGCCAAGUAUAAACAUAUCUGAUGAUAAUGCAACUCGUGAUGUUGAAACUGACCUUGGAAAACCUUCUGAUAAGAAUAUUAAUGUUCCAAAUGUGAAUGCUAAAUCUCCACAAGUUGAAUCUGAUUUUGGUAAGCUUCCUGACAAAGACAUCAACGUCCCAAAUGUGAACAUUGAUGAUUCCAAAACUCCUGACAUUAAUGCUCCCACAAUUGACUCUGAUAAAGGUAAACUUCAUGGCAAGGAUAUCAACAUUCUGGAUGCGAAAAUUCAUACUGGUGAUAUCAAUGCUCCUGAUAUAACAUCUCCAGAAAUUAAAACGCACGAUAUUGAAACUGACCUUGGAAAGCGGGAUAUUAAUAUUGACAAAGGAACUAAGAAGUUGUCUGAUAUUCCAAAACCUAAACUUCCAAGUAUUGAUAAAGAAUUUGAUUAUGACGAUGAAGAACUUGAUAAUCUGCCCAAUAAUGUGAUUAACUUCAAGGCUGUAUCUCCUGAGGUUGCCGUUCCUACACCUGCAGUUGAUAAAUUUGAAUUUGAAGGACAAAAGGAAGAUGGCAGAACAUUGGAUCCAAAAGUUAGAACUCCAAGUCCAUCAGCUAAAUCACUUGAAAGAAAGGGAGUUUUGGGAGUUGCUGGUGUAACUGCUGCCGAAUAUGCCUUUAGUCACACGAAACCCGAAACUACUCCUAGAAGUUUGAAGAAAGAUACUAAUUUUGCUGACCCGGAAUUUAACAAAUCGUUUGAUAACGAUCUUGAACCUGGAAAUGCCGAUCUUGAUGAUGGAGCCGGAGCUACAAAAUUUGGCAUCCCACUGAUUGAUAACUCUAAAUUAAAGGAUAUUAAACAUGAUGGAUCUGAAGUUGAAGGAAAUGAUAAAUCUAAAGAUGAUGUCAAGAGACCUUUAGAUAAGGAUCACAAAUUGUCGAGACAUGACUCAAAGAAGGGACUUUUGGCUUCUAUUCCUGGUAUUCCAUUCUUGAGAAAACACAAGGACUCUGAAUCUAAAGAUGUCCAAGAUGAAGUGAAAAUUCCUAGUGUUGACAUGAAGACUACUGAGAAUGAUUUGAAAAAGGAUAUUGACUCAAAUAAUGUUGGCUUGGAUACAUCAUUAAAGGGACCUGACUUCAAUAUUGAAAAGGAUGCUGACUUGAAUGUUGGAAAGAAUAACUUGAAUUUUGGAAAGACAGAUGACAUGAGCUUCGGAAAGAAUGAUGAUUUCACCCCUGAAAACGAUGUCGGUUUGAAUGUUGGAAAGGGUGAUUCUUCCGACAAAGGUAUUAGUAAUCCACUUGAAAAAGAAAUCUCUACCGAUAAACUGCCCGAAUUACAUAAAUCUACACUUGAUCCUGGUCUCAUCAAAGAAAUUCCAUUGAUUCCUGAUAUUUCAAAUGAAAAUAAAAUUGCUGCUAGUGCUCAAGAUAUUAUUGGUGCUGAUCAGAACAAAAUUGAAGAUGCUGUCGUGAAGAAUGAUAUUUCCAUCAAAGAUGAACCUAUCAACAAAGAGUUGUCUUCUGGUAAACUUACUGAUAUUGUUGACCCAACUUCUGUUAAGGAAAUUCCAUUGCUCCCUGAAACUGAAAAAGAAGGUAAACUUGCUUCUGGAACCAAGAAUGCUUCUGUACUUGGUGUUGGUAAUGACAGGAAUAUUGAAGAUGCCGCUAUUUCUGGAAUUCCCCAGCAAGAAGUACCCGAUAAAGAACACAGUAGAAAGACUGACAUGGCAGCAGCUGCUGCUGCCACUGCCCUUGCUGGAGGCUCUGCUGCUGCUCUCAAACACAAGAGUCUGAAGGAUAGGAGACUGAAGGAAUUACCUGACGCUACAAAGCGUCACUCUAGCUUCAUCAAGAGGGAAGACUCAGGUGAAGAAUCCAAGAAAGGACUUUUAAGUGGUGGUUUGUUUAGAAGAUUUAGUUCAAAGGACAAGCUUAAGGCCAAGAAGGAGCCCGAAGAGACAAGUGUAGAUAAACCUAAAUCGAAGAAAAAGGAAUCAAGCGAAGUUCAUAAGGUAGAUAGUUUCCCUUCCAUGACAGUUGAAGAACCUUAUAAGUCCGAUUAUAAAGAAUUUGGUCAGGGUAAGCCUAGUGGUCUUGAUGCUCCUUUUGAUAUGAAGUCUGAUAUUUCCAGUUCUCAAUCCAAGUCUCCUAAAUUUGAUACUACAACCGAUUUCCCAAAGUCUGAUGUUUCCAGUCCCCAAUCAAAGUCUUUCAAAUUCGAUAUUGAUACUCCAAAGUCAUCUGCAGAUUCAAAGUUUCCUAGUCUUGGGUUUGCUACUGAUAUUGCAAAAGGUGGCAGUAAAGAUGUUAAAUUAGUUAAGGUUGAACCAAAGGGAGAAAGCAGUAUUGAUAAGAAUGUUCCUAGUGUUGAAUUGCCAUCUGAAGUUACUGGUGAUAUACCAAGUUUUGCAAUUGAGAGUCCAACUGGUUCUAAUGGACACAAAGAUAUUAAAGGUUAUGUUCCAAACUUGGAAAACGAUUUGAGCACUAAAGGAAAAUUCUAUGACAAGGAUAGCUCAGAUAAGGAUAUUAAAACAGAUAUUGGAGUGGCUGCCGGUACUGUAGCUGCUACUAUCGCUGGUGCUGCUGCUAUUCAUUCUAAGAAGGAUGAUACAGAUAAGAAAAUAGUUGGCAAAGAAGAUCUUACAGAUGCAAGCCCAAUUAAGGACAAAGAUGUGAAGGGCUCUGAACAUAAGAAAGCUAUUUUGCCUAGCUUUUUCCGUAAGAGCAGCAAAGAUGCUGAUGUUCCCACGGUUCCAGAAAUUCAAGUAGAUGAGUCAGAUAAAUCUGAUUUGAAUCUUAAAAAGAAUUCCAUUGAUCUUGAUCCAGAAACCAAAUUGAAGCAAUUAGAAAUGGUAUUUGAUCAUACUCCAGAAGUUGAAAGUGAUGGAGAACAAAAGGAAAAAGUAAACCCCAUCAAAAAGAUUUCCCCAAUUAGAAAGUUUUCACCUAUUCGUCACAAGAAAUCUUCAUCGAGAGAUGAGUCAGAAUCUGAUAAACAUGAAACUGAAACUAGAGGCCGUGAACUUGGUGCUGAUAUUGAUUUUAAAGGUGAUACUAAUAAGAAGUUACUGGAGCUCGAAGCAGAUUUGACUGAGCAAGAUCAUGAUAAAGAUCAAUCUGAUAAAUUCAAAAAUAUCGCUGGUGGUGUAGCUGCAGCUGGAAUUGCACUUGCUGGUAAAUCUCUUCUUGAUAAGGAUGAUCCUGAAGUAAAGCCUGAACUUGCUGCUAAUAAAUCUACCACUAAAGACAUUGAAACUGAUAUUACUGGUAAAUCCAAAAAAGAAUUAUCUUCAUCUUCUAAGGAGCCAACUGGUGAGAAGAAAGGAUUUUUCAGUUUUGGAUUACGUGGAUCAAAGAAUAACGAUCAUGUGGAACUUAAUAAGCCUAAAGUCUUGAGUACUGAAACUGAUGAUAUUAUUGGUGUUUCAUAUGAUGAUGUCAAAGAAUUGGAAAAGCCUGUAAUGUCUAAUCCAGAUAUUGAUGUUGGUCCUAGUUUGGAAUCAAAGAGUGUUUUACCUGAUUCUAUCCAAGAGGCUGAUAAAUUUGUUGAAAAUACUAAAGAUGUGUCUGUUGCAACUAAUCUCACUACUGGUGCUUUAGAUAACGAGUUACCUUCUGGUGAAUUAAAGAACCAAGAAAAGUUGCCCGAAACGAAGCAGAAUAUUCCUGGUUCAUUAGGUUUAGUUGGUCCUUACAAUAAUGAGAAUUCAUCGAGUAGUAGUUCCUCUCUGCAGCUAUCUAAUGGUGAUAAACUGGGUGCUGUUUCUGGAAAGGAAAUUACUGGUGGUGUGGCUGCUGGAGCAAUUGCUGCAGGCGCUGGAUUUGCUGCACAUUCCAAGUCUGAAAAUGUUAAUAAAGAUAUCGAGUUACCAAGCAAAGAGCCUAAUUUUGUUGAUAAGACUAAAGAUGUCCGUAUUCCAAAGCCAGUUCUUAAAGAUGUUGAUGUUCCAGUAGGUAAAACCUCUAGUAGUUCCAUUGAUGGCAAGAAUAUUGAUGCCAUUAAGUCUGAACUUUCUAAAUCUGCAGGUGUGGCCGUUGACAAAGACAUUGACACUGAAAACCUUCCUUCUGUUUCUACUGGUCUUAAAGAAUCUCCUUCUACUGAGAAAGCUAAAAAGGGAUUUUUCAGUUCGUUUGGAUUACGUAAACGUGAAGGCAUUUCUGCUUCCAAACCACAAACCCUGCCUGAGCGAAAGGAUGACAGAGGUGCUGGUGUUGCUGCAGUCGCUGCUACCGCUACUGCUGUGGCUGGUGCAGGACUUGCUGCGAAGGCUUAUUUGGAUAAAGACAAGUCCGAUUUAGAUAAGAAACAUAUUGAUGAAGCUGGAGUCAGUGCUGAUAUUACUCCUAUUAAAAAAGAUUUGAAAGAAACUUCUGAUACUUUGUCUAGUGGUGAGAAAGAUGAUGUUGAUGCCAGCCAGGAAUCUAAUCCAUCUGAAGAGAAGCAUGGUAUAAAAAGAGGAUUCUUUGGUACGUUUGGUCCAUUACGUUCAGGUAACUCCAAAAGAAGAAAUUCGGCUCAUGAAAAGGAAAGUGAUCUAAGUUGGACAACAUCCGGUGAUGAUACAAAUGAACACUCGACGACUAAAUCAUUAGAGGGAGAUGAUAUAUUUGGUUCAGAGCAUACAGGUGAUGCCGUUCACAAGAGAACAGUUUCUGGAAGUUCGUUCAAUGUUACGCCACGAAUUGGCGAUGAUAUUUAUAUCCCUGACGAAAGCGAAUCAAGACUUUUGGGUGAUUCUGAAAAGGAAAACAUUAUCCCUGAAUCAUUAUCAAAGGAUAAUAGCCAACCUCAAAUUGAGAAAGCAACUGCUGAUCUCUCAACCGAAAAUGCACCAUAUGCCAAAGAAGUAGCUGCUGGUAUUUCUGCAGGUAUUGGAACAGCCGCACUUGCCUCGCGUACGAAGGACAAGGAUGCUAAGGUUGAUGCUGAUACAGAAAAUAAAGUGAGUUCUCCUAACAAAGAUAAUGUGGUUGUUGAUGUUAUCGGUAGUCCUGAUAAACAAUCUGCCAUUGAUCAUGCAAAGAAGGUUGCUAAAGAAUUGGAAGAAAAAGGUCAAGUUAAAGCUGGUAAAGUAAUUGUUAAUACCGAAUCUAAGAGAGUUUAUACUCCAGAUGUCGAUUCCAGAAAUAUUACAGAUAAGGCUGUUGGUAAUACUGGUGGAUUACCUGUAAGUUCAGAUAAUAAUAUAGACGGAUCGAACAAGCUUUCUGGAUCCUCUGCUACAAGAGGAGAGGAUGUUGCUGCUGCUACUGCUGCUGUUGCUGGGUUAGGGUUUACUGGUCUCAGUCUUGACGAUAGCAAGUCAAGAAGGAAAUCCACCAGUGAUACUGGUGAUAUUUUGGUUGGUGUUAAAGGAAUGCCUGAAGAUGAAUAUGCUGAUGAACUUGCCCACAAAGUUAUCACUAGAUUGAAAACAACACAACCAGAAAAGUACGCUAAUGUUAAAGAAGUGCAUUUUGAUGCCACUACCGGUAUUGCAUUGGAUGAAAUUGGAAGAGUUAUAGCAAAGUAUCCAGAUUUAUCGAUUUCACAAGGUGGUAAACUCUUCGAUGAGGGUAUUUCCAGUGUUGAUACUGAAAAGGAUUUGCCUGCACCAGCAAUUGCGGGUAGAUCAUCAUCUGAUCCAGAAGUUAAUGUUGGUAAAUUCGUUGCAGCUGGCGCAUCUGGCGCAGCUGGCAUAACUGGUGUUGCCGCAAAGGAUUUGGACUUUGAGCCUCCUACUGAAUCACUCAAACUUGGUACUAACUCUUCUAGCAAGAGUAGUUUAGAACAGACUCCUAAGCGGUCAGAUUUCUUGAAUGAGAGUCUCAACUACACUACUGAAUCGUUGGGAAAAUCAGCUGCUGUAGAAACUGAUGUGCCAAGAGGUUAUCUGGAGAAAGAAGAAACGGGUGUUAAACUUAAAGAAGACGAAGUAACUGGACGUGCUACCUUGAUGCACUCUUAUUCUCAGCUGACCAGCUAUUCUAUGCCAGGAGCUUGGGGAGAUGAAUAA